AUUUAAAAGCUAUGUGGAGAUUAAACGCAGCUGAAAGUUAUAAGAAUAUCCGCCCCGGACACAUUUAGAGCGCCAUUAACUGUGGAUAAUAACUUUGUGAAGUAAAGUGAAAGAAGGUUCCUUUAGUGAUCCUGAGAUGGGGCCUGAAAUUCUAUCAGUGGACCUUGAUUUCAAUGAAAUCCUGGAACAGAACCGUCUGGCUGAAGCACAGAAGCUGCUGGUGGCUGCUGAGGAACGUCUGUUUGGUUCGAAUAAAUCAGCUAGAGCAGAGGAAGAGGAGGGAGAGCUGCCGAAUAAAUACCAAUACCUCAUCACUCAUCUGGAGAUGAUUAUCAAUGAGUCCUUCAUUGAGGACAACCAGGAGAGACUCAAGAGUGCUGUGACUGCCAUACUUCAGGAGGAGGCACAGGACAAACGCUGGGAGACUCUGGCUGUGGAGAAACGGCCAUCAUGGAGGCCAACAAGGUUCAGAGAGAUCCAUGACACACAACUCAAGGAUGUUGUGGAGAAACGAAUGAAGAAUGCAAAUGAACAGGAGAAUGGGGCGAACGAGCUGUCUUCUCCCUUGAAGAGAGAAGUGUGCCGACUGGGCAAGCAAUUACAAAACGAUCUGCUGGUGGUGGUCAGACGGUUGAGGGAAUGUUACCCACCAGACUUUGACAUUUGCAGAAUUUAUGCCCAGCUUUACCAUCAGGCUUUCUCCACCAGACUCCAGGAGCUGACCAGAUCUAAGGUGGAUGUUGAGGAUUGCUGCUAUAUAUUACGUUGGAUUGUGUUUCACUACCCAAGCGAUGUGCUGAACCACCAGGAAUUGAAAGAGCACAUCGACCAAUCAUCGCUUGGACCUCUGCUGCCUGAAGGAACGCUUAAGAUAUUACAUGAACAGUACUUUUUACAUAAAGAGAAUGAAGUCAGAAAGUGGCUGUCCACUGCUUUUGGGAAAGAAAUAAAGAAAUUGAGUGAUGGUGUUGAGCCACAUCUGGUGGAUGGAUUUUACGUUAGCAGCCUUGCUGUAGAUAUUAUACCGCUUAUUGAUUCAACUAUGAAGGAGAUGAAAGCAAUUUUGGGAUCUGAAACUAAAAACGAGUACAUUUUACGCCAGCUGGACAGUUAUCUAAAAGACUAUAUGAAAGAUCAAAAUAAACUUAUCAAAGUUAAACAAGGAGGUCCUGCUAAAUCUCUCUGUGUUUAUCUGGUUAACAUUCACCAGUUUAGGAAAUAUGUACAAGAAGCAGAAAGUCUUUUCCCAGAAAAGACUAGAAAAGCACUGCUGUGUACAUUAGCAAACAUCAAAAGAGUUUGUCAGCAAUAUUUUCACACAGAACUUAAGCCACUGUUCAAUAAGUUUUGGACUAAUGCCUGGUAUGAUGGGCAUAAUAAGGUUUUGGAUGGCCUGGUGAAAGCACUUGAAAAUCAAAUGCAUCAUUUAAAACAGCUGGAGUCUGUCUGCCGAGAGAAACUGCUGGGCGAGCUGCAUUUAGCAGUAAUGGUUGAAUAUGUGAGGCGAAUGAUGAAGAGAAAACUGAAACUGAAACGGAAGAAACAGCAGGAGAAAGCCGCUGAGUUUAUGUGCCAAGACAGCCGUAUUAUCUGCUCUACAUUUGCCAAAGAGGGGUCCAAUGAGAAUUGGCUUUCUGAAAUACUGCCAAGAUUAUCCGAGAUCCUGAGACUUCAAGACCCUGGGAGCCUAAAACUUGAGAUAGUUACACUAACCAGAAAUUAUCCUGACCUGAGUGAGCAACAUGUUGUUGCUGUCUUAAACCUGAAAAGAAAUCUUUCAAGCACGGAUCUGCGUGGGAUCAAAGAUUGUUUGCGUGAUAACAGGGACACGCAGGACAAUCAGUCCUCCCCUUCUUUCUUUUCCAAAGUUAUUGUGAAAAGAAAAGAUAAUAAGUUUGCUGUUUUAUUUCUAUGUAAAAAAAUGUGAUACACGAAUCAGUACUGAAGCAUUUAAUGCCCUACGUAUUCUUAACCCUUGGUUAUCUCUUUCACGUUUCACACUUUUUAUAAUUAACCAGGGGUUAACCCUGGUAUUCAUAAUCUGACAUUUUACACUGUGCAUUCCUAAACCCUGGGUCAAGUGUCUCCAACACUGCUCCUACACACCUGUCUGUAAUUAUCAAUCAUCCUUGAACACCUUUUCAUAAUAAUUUCAGGGACAACCUUGUUAAAAACAAAGAUAACCCAGGGUUAGGUGCAGCAUGAACCCCUAUGAGGUUUCACAAUGAUUGAAGUGAAUGUAAAUUUGCUAAAAAAUCAGGAUGAAUCAUGAAAAUUGUAUGUGUAGACAUAAUUUAUGUAUACAUUUAUGUUAACUGAAUUUGUGUAAAAAUCAUGCAUUUAUUUUUAAGUAUUGUAUGAGGCCUGUAUUAUGAUUAUAUAUUUCAUGUAUUGAAUCACAAGAAAUAAAUGCAGUAUCUUAAAUUCUGCAAUGUCUAAUAUUAUCAUAUACACAGUCUUUUGCAUUUAUAUAUUUUAUUUGUAUGUUUUGCUCUGAAUUGAAGUUAAGCUAGUCCAUUCCCUUUAUAAAAUGACAGAUUGUCUGGUUAUCCACAGGCUCGACAAACACAUAAAUGCCAACAUAAAACACCCCGUCAAACACAUUAUGGGGAAUAUUGUAACCUUCAUUCUCUGCUAACAAUGUAAGACAGUGUUUAAUGGAAGCAUAGUAUGAUGAUAGAAAUAUUUUCACUUUUUCCUCAUCCUGUCUGUCUUGGCAUGACCAGUGACAUCAUAUAAUGACGACUUUCUGCCCCAUUUGCUCCAUAAUGUGCCUCAACAGGCCUUUGUUCAGAGCCGAGUGUAUCUCUGAAAGGAAUCUUUGUUUACUUAAUGAUAAUAGCAAAUGGAAAAGUGGUUGCUUCUCAGGCGCUGCAUGGAUGCUGCCCUCUGCUGUUUCUAGUAUGGGUUUCUUGACGAAAAUGUCACGCUUUCACUUUCAAUAACACAAAUGAAAAUAUGGGAACAUGAAGCAAAUACAAAAAUGGAAAUGGUUAAAAAUAUUUUAUUAUUUUUUAUUAUUAAAUAUUUUAUUUUUAUUAUUAUUUUUAUAUUAAAACUAUAAAAACAUCUUAUAUUAGAUUCUUAAUAUUGGCCACUCUCAUGCCUUAUAGGCAUUCCCAAAAACCACAUAACUGUACUGGAGAAAGACAAAAAUCUAUUAAAAAUGCUGUCAUUUUUGUGAUUCUGUUAUAAAAAUCCUCCUGCAUAAAGACCAUUCUGUGAAAAAUUAUAUUUUUAAUAUUGACUGAGUACAUGUAAAAGAUUGAAAUCAAUGUGAAAUCAGCGUUUAAAAUCAAACUUUAAUGCUCCUAUUGGUUUAUGAGAUUUUAAGCCUACAUUUCACAGAUAGGGUCACAAAUGUCAGGAAUUGCAUUGCAUUUUAUUUUAUUUUCAUUCACCAUUUGACAAACAUUUGUUUUAAAAGAAGUUUGAGAAUGCUUAGGGAUACAAUUUGUACAUAUGCAAAUGCCUGUUUUGUGUUACGAGUGUUUCUGUAGUCCUCACAAUAUACUGUACCAUGUGAACAAUUCCAUGCAAAUGUCACCUUAUAAUGAAAAUUAUUUUCACUUCAUUAAUUAUAUUAUAUCAUCUUAGAUGUCAAUAUUUGGUGGAUGUACCCAUGCAAAUUCUCUUUAAGUUAAAUAAAUCUGUUUUUAGUUUAAUUUUAAAGCAAUUUUUAUAAUAUUUUCCAUAUAAGUGCAAAUUUCAGAAUGAUCACUCGCGUCCAUAAUGCUGUUUCUUUCUACAAAAUGUAAAAUAAAAUGUUC